CCGUCCCCACACGGAGGAAGUUCCUCCCGUCUGCACUCGUCUGCUGCUCUGUCUUCAGGGCUGAGGCUUCGCGCUCGCUGCAGGAGGAGGUCCGGGUGGAGGAGGAGGUCCGGGUGGAGGAGGAGGUCCAGCUGGAGGAGCUGAGCAAGGACCUGAUGGCAGAACCACAGAUGGACCCUGACUCCACGGCUCCAGGUUGUAGCUAUGACCUCCUUGAUGAACCAGAUGUGUGUGGUUCCAGUUUAACGACGAAGGAGCUGCAGCAGAACUGGAAGAUGUUGAAGCAGAGAGAGAGACCAGUCAAGCUGCUGUUUGAAAUCCCCUCAACUCGUAUCGUACAGGAACAUCUCAGCAAAUACGUGGUCUAUGAGGUGGUCCUGAUGCGCUCCGGGAGCUUUGACUCUCGCCGGGUUUCGGUGCAGCGCCGCUACAGCGACUUCUCUCGCCUCCACCAGCGACUCCAGGAGGAGUUCCAGGAGGAGGUGGAGGAGCUGGUUCUGCCUCCGAAGCUCCUGAGGGGGAACUUCUGCCCCGAGAAGGUGUCGGGGCGGCGGCUGGCGCUGCAGGACUACCUGGCCCAGCUGUUCGCCGCGCGCUGCGUCCGACACUCGCCCCUGUUCGCCGGCUUCCUCAGCGACGCGGAGCAGCGCCGGGCCCACGAGCUGCUGAGGGCGGGCCAGUUUGAGGGGGCUGUGGAGCAGCUGCAGACGGUUCUGGAGAUCCAGGAGAAGCUGCUGCCGUGGCAGAAGCCCACCCUCCUGGUCCCCACCCUGGCCGCCCUCGCCGUCUGUUACCGGGACCUGGAGAAACCGGAGCAGGCGUUGGGCACCGCCCAGAGAGCGCUGCCCCCGGUGAGGCGCUAUGGGCUGAAGAGCUACAGGGCGCCGCUGCUGGAGCUGCUGGUGGACCUGGGCUACCAGCUGGGACGCCCCGUGGCUCAGCUGCAGGAGGAGCUGAGGACCCAGAGGGACGCAGAGAGGGGGGAGGUGUCCCGCCGCUCGCUGAAGGAGGUAGUGAUCCAUGAGUUCCUCUGAAGAGCCAGAACCCACCUGUAGACGUGUAAAGUGCUUUGUGCAGCAACAGGUUGAAAGAUGCUGUAUAAAAACAAGACACCACUACUUUAUCUGCAUGAUCCUCAGUUAAAGGUAAAAGUCUGAAGACUCUGUAAGUUAUUGUACUUCGUUGGACCAUCACUAAAGAGCAUUUGUUCUUGUGUUUUCAUGUUUUGGGAUAAUAUAUGUUGGAAUGUUUUUUCCUCAUUGUUUUGUAAUAGAAUAAUUUAACAAAAUUAUAAAUUCAUGCACAGGACGUAUUUAGCCCCACUCCACUUAAAUAAAAUGUUUCCUAAUUCGCUGUCAGCAUUGUGAAACAUUUACUGUGUCAGCUGAGCGUGAUUUUUUGGAAAUGCAGAAAAUUAAAACAUUUUUGGAAGGUGGUGCAUGAUGUGACUGUCAAUGUUGAUGAAACUCCACUGGAUAAUAAACCAGUACGGUUCCUCUUUGCAGCACAGGAAGAGGAUCACUAUCAUAUCCCACAGAACAAAGAAAUGCAUUGUACACCCACAUCAUUUAUUUAGUUUAAACUAACUGUAUCUAAUUUCUUCUUCUUUUUGUUUUAUUCUCAUUCAGUCUGUUUGUUGGCUAUUGAAUUGUUAUUAAAAAAUAAAUAAAAAGAUAAUGGAAAAACAAAAAA